CACCUCCACCAUGUCAUACAUUGCGCCCAUCCAUCGCCCUUCGAGUGUGCGACAUGCCAUCAAGCUCUCCUUCACAGCCCCCGACGCGGAAGAUCUGAUCGUGGCAAAGGCCAAUCGUCUGGAGAUAUGGGCCACCAAUCCUCAACAGCCUGGCGAUCCCACGCUGGUGCUGCAGCACACACGAGCCAUCUAUGGCAAAGUCACCAUGCUGCAGAAGCUGAGGCCUGCGACGAGCCCCACCGAUCACUUAUUCGUGGGCACUGAUCGAUACAACUACUUCACGCUCAGCUGGGAUGCAGACACCAGGCGGCUGAAGACGGAGAAGAGCAUGGUGGAUAUCGCGGAUAAGAGUGCCAGAGACAGUCAGACCGGUGAUAGAGUGCACAUUGAUCCGACUGCACGCUUCAUGACGUUAGAGUGCUAUGAAGGCGUGGUGAAUGUGCUGCCCAUAGCCCACGCCGGCAAGGGAAAGAGGAGAGCAGCUGACAAUGAGAUUGGAGAGUUGGGAGACCCCAUACCAGUACGCAUACCAGAGCUAUAUGUGCGAAGUAGCUGCUUUCUACAUAAGCGCCACGGAGGAACCAAGAUUGCAGAUCCAGUAUUCGCAGUACUUCAUGAGGACAGCCAGAACAUGCCACGAAUAAAGAUCCGUGAGCUGGAAUAUCAGCCUUCACUUCGGCCAAAUGAGGAGCCAGCGACGGCAGAACUGGAGAGAGGGCAGGAGGUGCAAGGCAAGAUCGAAAUGGGUGCCAGCCAUCUGAUACCCCUACCUGCGCCCACUUAUGGCUUUCUUAUCAUAGGCGAGACGAGCAUAUCAUACGUCGACGAGUGGAAGUACGAAAUCGUCGACACGCAGCCUCUGGAUGAAGCUACAAUCUUCGUGGCCUGGUGUCAGAUCGACGAACAGAGAUUUGUGCUCGCCGACGACUAUGGCAAGCUAUACCUGCUCAUGGUGCACCAAAAGGCAGACGGCGAAUACCAAAGCCAACAAAUCGAUGUGCUAGGCGAGACGAGUCGAGCGAGCACGCUGGUCUACUUGGAUGAAGGGCGCGUGUUUGUCGGUAGUCAUCAAGGCGAUAGUCAAAUCAUCCAGAUCUUGCCGCAGAGAAUAGAAGUGCUCCAGACCUUUUCCAACAUUGCGCCGAUUUUGGACUUCACAGUGAUGGACAUGGGGAAUCGAAGCGCAGAUGCGCCUGUCAAUGAGUUUUCCAGCGGUCAAGCACGAAUUGUCACUGGAUCUGGAGCUUUCAAGGAUGGCAGUUUGAGGUCGGUGCGAUCUGGAGUGGGGCUGGAGGAUAAGGGGAGUUUGGGAGAUUUGGGUGAGCCGAUAUCAGCUGUCUUCAGCUUGCGCAGCGGUCCUGGUGUGCAAGCUGUGGAUACACUAAUUGCGAGCUUUGUCAGUCAUUCAAGUGCUAUUAUCUUCGGUUCAGACGGAGAUAUCGAGGCGAGGGACGAGUUUCGAGGAUUCGAUCUCACCCAAAGUACGCUAUAUGCCGGGGAGCUUCCGAAUGGCAGAGCGGUACAGGUGACGAGCUCGACUGUGCUGUUGACUGAUACUGAAGGGGACAUGAUCACCGACCGAUGGGAGGCGCCUGAUGGUUCGUCGAUCACAUCUGUUUCUGCCGAUGGCGAUCAUGUGCUUGUUUCGCUUGGUAGCGCAGCGCUGAUCGUCUUGGAUCUAUCCGGCUCCAGUAUUACUGUUGGGGCUCACAGACAACUUGGAAAUGAAGAGCAGAUAUCCUGUCUGAGCUUAUCCAGGUCAUUACCGGGAGCUUGUGUGGUCGGCUUCUGGAAAGACAGUAAGGUCUCGGUGCUGAGUCUAUCAGACCUGCAGCCUAUUGCUUCCGAGAGCGUGGCCGAAGACGAUAAUUUGGCAGUCCCGCGCUCGCUGAUAGUGGCCAGUAUACUGCGAGAUCAGCCUGCGACUCUCUUUGUUGGCUUAGCAGAUGGAAAUGUGGUUACGUACAGUGUCGAGUCGCUUCAACGACCCUUCUCAGCACGGAAGAGCAUCAUUCUUGGAACACAACAGGCCAACUUCACAGUCCUGCCGAGAUCAGAUGGCCUACAAAACGUAUUUGCGACCUGCGAACAUCCCUCGCUUAUAUACGGAAGCGAAGGGCGCAUGGUCUACUCGGCAGUGACUGCGGACAGUGCUACUAGUAUCUGCGCCUUUGACUCCUUUGGCGACUACGCAAACAGUAUUGCCAUUGCUACUGGCUCGGAGCUCAAACUCUCCUCUGUCGACGAAGAACGGACGACUCAUGUACAAGACCUGCCUGUGUACGAGACUGUGCGACGUAUAGCAUACUCUUCCGAAUUGAAAGCCUUUGGAUUGGGCUGCAUCAAGCGAACGCUGGCAGCUGGCGUGGAAGAAGUACGGAGCCAUUUCAAGCUUGUUGAUGAGGUCGCUUUCAAGGCGCUAGAUUCUUGGGCACUGAAUGAGGAUGAGCUCGUUGAAAGUGUCAUCCGAUGUCCGCUCGAUGACGGUACUGGUCUUGACGCAGAGAGAUUUGUGGUUGGAACUGCAUAUCUCGAUGAUCAAGAUGCCAACACCGCGCGAGGAAGAGUGCUCGUAUUCGAGGUGACAGAAGAUCGCAGAAUCAAGCUCGUCACCGAAAUGGCCGUCAAGGGAGCUUGUCGUUGUCUCGCAGUAUGCAAAGGCCGCAUCGUCGCAGCUCUCGUCAAAACUGUCGUCAUCCUCGCCUACGAAUUCUCCCCUCCCAAAUCUUCCCCCCAACUGAUCAAAAAGGCCUCCUACCGCACCUCCACCGCCCCCAUCGACAUUUUCGCCUCGUCCUUAGAUGGCCUCAUCGCCAUCUCCGACCUCAUGAAAUCCCUCACACUCGUCAAAUAUACCCCAGGCCGAACCGGCCAACCCGACUCCCUCGUUGAAAUUGCCCGACACUUUGACACCCUCUGGGGAACAGCUGUUGCGCCCAUCCCCGGCACUCACUCCUACAUACAAAGCGACGCCGAAGGCAACCUCGUCGUGCUCGAACACGACCCCACAGGUUUCAGCGCCGAAGAUCGAAGACGCUUGAGAGUGACGUCAGAAAUGUGUCUGGGUGAAAUGGUCAAUCGUAUUCGACCCAUCACGACUGUGAUUACCCCUUCUGCGAACGCAGUGGUUAUCCCCAAGGCAUUUAUUGCCACUGUAGAAGGCAGUGUUUACGUUUUUGGGACGAUCGCGCAACAGUAUCAGGAUUUAUUGAUUCGAUUACAGGGAUCGAUGGCAGAGAUGGUCAAGAGUCCUGGGUUUGUGCGAUUUAAUCGUUUUAGAGGUUUCAAAACGCAGGUGAGGGAUAUGGGCGAAGAGGGACCUGUGAGGUUUGUCGAUGGGGAAAUCAUCGAGGGCUUUUUGGGUUUGAGUGCAGAAGUGCAGGAGAGUGUUGCGAAGGAUUUGGGAGUCGAGGGCGGUGGAGAGCUGUUGAGAGGAUUGGUUGAAGGUUUGAGGAGGGUGAGAUGAUUGAAUUUCCGAGAUUAAUGAGAAAUGUUGUGAGUGAGCAAUGCAAUGCGUACCCCAUAGUCGAGAUGGGAAGGUAGGUAGAGUAGGAUAAGCUGUCGUAGACGACCGACUCUCCUACAGACAGUAGAUGCACAGAGAGAGAGAGAGAGAGAGAGCCGCGAGACAAUAGUAGUACGUACAGUGAAAAAAGACCCCCCAGUAAAGAC